AUGAAAAACCCAAUCCCUGUUCUCCCCAAGGAGCGAUUGUCCCUGCUCCACCGAACGAAUUGUUUCCUUCAACUGUGGCUACUCAAGUCUCUGGCUGCUGUCUACUUCCUCGUGCUUCGCUUGAUUAAGCCCCCUCAACCAGGCACCAAACCAACCGUCACCAAGCGCUAUGCCUGUCGUCCAAACCUAGAGACUCGUAUCUUCUACCCGCGCUCCUACGACCCCGCACACCGUGAACUUCUCCCACUCUACAUAAACAUCCACGGCGGCGGCUUCGCACUUUGCGAUGCUACUGUCGAUGACCCGUUCUGUAGCGGAUGGGCCGACCGCACCGGAAUGUUAGUCGUUAGCCUCAAUUACCGCAAGGCCCCACUCUACCCGUUCCCAACGGCCACAUUUGAUAUUGCCGAAGUAGCCAAAUGUGUUUUAGCAGACGACUCGCUCCCAAUUGACCACUCACGCAUCACCAUUGGUGGCUUCAGCGCAGGCGCUACCCUCGCGUUAUCUGCAUCGCAAUUACCUGGUCUGAAAGGCUUGAUCAAAGCAGCGGUACUAUACUACCCCAUCGUGGAUUUCAGUCACCCACCCAAUGUCAAGCUGGAUUCGAGACCGUACAAAGAUGGCCCGAAGGAAUCUUUGGAGAAAUCCUCGUGGUGGCUGGACUGGGCAUAUGUGAGCGUGGGGCAGAAUCGGAGGGAUCCAAUCCUUAGUCCUAUCUAUGCUGGGAAGAAUGAACUCCCGCCGUGGAUUUAUAUGAUCGGGGCGCAGUGGGAUAUGCUUCGGCUGGAGGCGCAACAGAUGAUUCAUGAGUUGGCUGGAUUGGAGGAUAGAGGUGCCGUGGAGCAGGAGGAGGACUUUGAAAUGGGUACGUACAAGUGGACCUUGGCAAGGGGAUGUCCACAUGGGUUUACCCAUGAGUCACCGGGACGUAAGAAGGGUGGUGACAAUAGGAGGAAGAGGGAGGAGACUACGCGGGAAAUCUAUCAAGAGGCGCAUGUGUGGUUAAAGAAGUCUCGAGUCCUUGCGUAG